AUGAAUACGAAUUUUCAGAAAGUGUUUGAUCGUAUUUUGGAUGUUGCAGUCGAAGGGAAGCUGAGUGAAGAACAGAUGAUAAAGAGGCUGUUUGUUUUUAGCGAUAUGGAGUUUGAUAAGGCAUCGGGGAAUCCUUGGGAGACCGAUUACCAAGCCAUACAGAGAAAAUUCAGGGAGAAGGGUUAUCAAAAUGUACCGGAGAUUGUGUUUUGGAACCUCAGAAACUCAAGGUCGACCCCUGUUCUGGCAAAUCAGAGUGGGGUAGCGCUGGUGAGUGGAUUUUCAAAGAAUUUGCUGACUAUGUUCUUGGAGGGAGGGGGGGUUGUGAAUCCAGAAGAAGUCAUGGAACUUGCCAUAUCAGGUGAAGAGUACAAGAAACUUGUUGUUUUUGAUUGA